AGAGUUUUAGUGUGAUAAAUAGUGAAAAAGAGACGCGUCCAGUCCGUGUCCAGAUCGCAGCCCUAGCAAAGGCCCCUCCGUCCCCGUCGUCGUCCAAACCGAGUGCAUUUUUUUAUCUUGUCCGCCCUGGUGCGAGGUUGCAACCAACUCCGAUCCCCGAGUGACGUUUCGGUAGUAAAUAUUUAGAAUCGUUUACUUUGCCCCCUUUGUUUGUGUCGGUCGAGGAAAAUGAGCAGUUCUGAGGAGGUUUCUUGGAUCUCAUGGUUUUGCGGAUUACGCGGAAAUGAAUUCUUCUGCGAGGUGGAUGAGGACUACAUACAAGAUAAAUUCAACUUAACAGGUCUAAAUGAACAAGUACCACACUACAGACAAGCCUUAGAUAUGAUAUUAGAUUUAGAGCCGGAUGAUGAAUUGGAUGAUAACCCUAAUCAAUCAGAUUUAAUAGAACAAGCUGCAGAAAUGCUUUAUGGUCUGAUACAUGCCAGGUACAUUUUAACAAAUCGAGGUAUCGCCCAAAUGAUAGAAAAAUACCAAGCAGGAGAUUUCGGACACUGUCCAAGAGUGUACUGUGAAUCACAACCAAUGUUACCUUUAGGUUUAUCUGAUGUUCCUGGCGAAGCAAUGGUGAAAUCGUAUUGUCCAAAAUGCAUGGACGUGUAUACUCCAAAAUCAUCAAGGCACCACCACACAGACGGCGCAUACUUUGGAACUGGCUUUCCACAUAUGCUCUUCAUGGUGCAUCCCGAAUAUAGACCAAAGCGUGCCACAAAUCAGUUCAUUCCAAGAUUAUUUGGUUUCAAAAUACACCCGUUGGCAUAUCAGCUGCAGCAGAAUGCAGCUUCGACGUUCAAGACACCACUUCGGGCCAGCUUUGGAUGCAAUAAUGGCAAACGUUAACGAAACCCAAUAAAUGAAAUUACAACAACUUACAUAAAA